AUGGCCGCAGUACCAGCGACUAAUUCCUCUCUUCCCCCUAAUCCUACUGUCUAUGUCCGUAACUUAGAAGAACGCAUCAAGGUCGACCAGCUCAAAGUAGCACUGGAAGAAAUCUUCUCCGAGUAUGGCAAUAUCGUGGAGAUCGUCGCGAAGACCAACCUGAAGGCCAAAGGCCAGGCGUUCAUUGUCUUUGACAACGUCGAAUCCGCGACCCGCGCAAUCGAGGAGGUCAACGGGUUCGAGCUCUUCGACAAGCCGAUGGUCCUUGAUUAUGCGAAAACGAAGAGCGAUGCAACCGUUAUGCGAGAGGGCGGGACAGAAGAGCUUGAAGUCCAUAAGCGGAGGCGGUUAGCAGAGAAGGAGCGCAAACAAGCCCACGAAGCUCUGGAAGCCCAGAAGAAGCUCAAGCGUCCCCCCGGCCCUGCCGAGACAGCGCGUCCAGCCAAGGCAGUCAAGGGCGCGGGCCUCAAACCGACCAGCGGUGCAGCGGCAGCGGUCAUCCCCGACGAGUACCUUCCUCCCAACAAGAUUCUUUUCCUGCGGGACUUGCCCGACACCGCCGACCAAGAGAGCCUUACCGCUAUAUUUGGUCGGUUCGAAGGAUUCCAGGAAGUCAGAUUGGUUCCUGGCCGAAAAGGGAUCGCCUUUGUCGAGUACGAGAACGAGUCUGGUGCUAUCAGCGCGAAGGAGGCUACGGCGAACAUGCCUAUGGGGGACAAUGGCAAGCCUAUCCGCGUCACCUACCAAAGACAGUGA